GAGAGGAGUGGCUUCCUUCGAGGAAGUCCCAGCCCACCCAAACAAGCGUACAGGCCUCGUGCUCAGAGGACAGUUGGGUAACCUUGUGGUUUCCUCUCUAGGGAUGUGGGCGUCGCACUCUCUCGAGUGCAUAACUCAGGCCGCUGGGAAGCGACAGACCUGUUUGCUCAGCAGCCCAUUUCAAGCCGGUGCCACCACUGACGGCUCUUCCAUCUAUUGCAUGAUGGAAGCUGGAACAGCGUACCCAUCCGUUUUUGUUGUGGAUGCACCAUCGCAAAGAGACGGGCCCUUCGUGCCCCCUGUGCCGAGGAGCCAGAAGAAAGGGCAGCGUGCCCAAGUGCUCCUGUGGAUCCUGGUGCUGCUGAUGCUGACCGCCGUAGUCGUCCAAGGCUAUUUCCUGAUCUCCUUCCGCAAGGAACUGGACAAAGCUACCGUGACACAGGAAGCAGUUGAAGCAUCUUAUGAGAAAUUUGCACAAGGCCACAGUCCUCCCACUGGAAAGCCAGCUGCUCACCUAACACUAGGUUCUUCUGUCAACAUGGCUAUGAAUAGAGGCCUGCUGUGGGAGUAUAAAGAUGGUUCCGCCUUUCUACAGGACAUGGGCUAUAAGGACGGCUCCUUGAUCUGUAACAAGUCUGGACUCUACUAUAUCUACUCCAAGCUCUAUUUGGGUUAUCCAAGUUGCCCAACCACGAACCCCUUGCUCACCCACAGCAUUUGCAAGAGGACUUCUAACUAUCCAAAGGAGAUAGUACUGCUGACAAACAACAUCCUCUCCUGCAACUGGGAUAGCCAUAGAGACUGGAGACACAACAGCUUUCUUGCUGGGAUAGUGCAGCUAGAAGAGAAAGAGGAAGUUUUUGUGAAGGUGUCCCAGAGCCAGUUGGUGCGGGUCAAAGAUGACUCAAAAUCCUAUUUCGGUGCUUUCAUGAUCUGAAUGACAUUGGAGCUGAGAGCAGAGGAUGGUUUCAGUGGGAAAAUGAGAACCCCUUCUUCUGUUAUGGUGGGCCCCAGCUUUGCUUUGACAGCUUGAUCCUUCAUAAAUGUUACGAAGGAGAAUGGCAAGAAGAUGGUCUGCCUUGCUGAGAGGGAAAAACCUAAUUCACACUUUCGUGGGGAGAGGUGGUGUUUGCUGUGUGGUUAGAUAAGCACAGACUGACCAGAAUGAAA